AUGGAGGGAGCAAAUCGCGCUCCGGGAGUGGGUGCGGGCUCAGAGAAUGAUGAAAAGACGAAAUCCAAUGGGGUCAAGUUUAAAAGAGAGGACAACAGCGAUUCGGGUACGCCAAACGGCCUCAAGAAAACCGACUCCCGAGCCACCAGCAUGUCUCCAGAUGACAUAAAAUCGGCCUCCGACAGCACACCGACUCUCGAAAACGGCACGGCGCCGAAAGCAUCGCGCAAAGCAUCACAGAAGAUGACACGGAACCCACCGCCGAUGUUCGACCAUCUCCCCAACGCCACGGAAACCGCGUGCAGCACGUUUCAAGUCAUCAACGACUGUCUCUAUGGCUCGAGGAAUAUGGGCUCGUCGGAUCAUGACGCGCUGGAUUGCGACUGUGCUGAGGAGUGGCAUGACGGCCAAAAUCAUGCCUGUGGCGAAGACUCAGACUGCAUCAAUCGAGCCACCAAGAUCGAGUGUGUCCACGGCGACUGCAAUUGUGGGGAGGGCUGCCAGAACCAACGGUUUCAGCAAAAGCAAUGGGCCAAUGUCUCGGUCAUCAAGACCGAGAAGAAGGGGUUCGGCCUGCGCGCGGAUGCUGACUUGCAGGCCAACGACUUCAUCUUCGAGUAUGUGGGCGAGGUCAUUAACGAGCCGACCUUUCGCAACCGGAUGGUGAAGUACGACAAGGAGGGCAUCAAGCACUUUUACUUCAUGUCGCUGACCAAGAGCGAGUUCGUGGAUGCCACUAAGAAGGGCAACCUCGGGCGGUUCUGCAACCACUCGUGCAAUCCGAAUUGCUACGUGGACAAAUGGGUGGUGGGCGAGAAGCUGCGCAUGGGUAUUUUUGCCGCCCGCUCGAUCCGGGCUGGCGAGGAGUUGGUGUUUAACUACAAUGUCGACCGAUACGGCGCUGACCCACAGCCGUGCUACUGCGGGGAGUCCAAUUGCGUCGGCUUCAUUGGCGGCAAGACCCAAACAGAGCGUGCGACGAAAUUGCCGCUCGCCACGAUUGAGGCGCUCGGCAUUGACGACGGCGACAGCUGGGACACUGCAGUUGCCAAGAAGCCCCGCAAGAAGAAGGCCACCGAGGAUGAUGAGGAAUACGUCAACAGCGUGCAGCCCCGCGCUCUGGACGAGGAUGGAGUCACCAAGGUCAUGGCGACACUCAUGCAGUGCAAAGAGAAGUGGAUUGCCGUCAAGCUGCUUUCUCGUGUCCAGGCCACCGAGGACGAGCACCUGCGCCAUCGUGUCGUGAGGAUGCACGGCUACCAGAUCCUCAGGACCACACUCAAUACGUUCAGGGAGGACACCAAUGUCGUGCUGCAGAUCCUCGACAUUUUGUACCAGCUUCCCCGGAUUACGAAAAACAAGAUUUCGGACUCCAAAAUCGAGGGUGCCGUGCAGCCGCUAGCCUCGGCAGAACACGAGGAGGUUGCCGUUGCUGCAAAGCGAUUGCUGGAUGAGUGGAGCAAGCUCGAGACCGCCUACCGGAUCCCGCGCAAGAAACACGACCCGUCGGCGCCUGUCGUGGGCAACUCGUUUGAAGAGGAGCGGCGCAACAAGGAUCGUGACGAGCCGUCCAAGUCGUCUGCUGCUGUUGGUGGUUCUGGUGGUGCUGACCCCUUCGCCAAUGUGGCGAUUCCGACUGGACCCCGCAGCAGCAUCCCGCAGCGCAAUGCCAAUUUCUUCUCGGCACAGCGGCCCCGGAAACCCCCCACCAACCUGCCGGCUGGCUGGUUUGUCAACACCGACAAGAAUACCGGCCGCUAUUACUUUUACGAUGCGACCGGCAAGGUACAGUGGCAGCGGCCCCUUACGCCCGCCAUCGAGGUUCCGAAGACGUCCGCCAAGGCCCAGCAGGACCAAAAGGUGCUGCAGAGUAUCAUUGACGAGUUGACCAAGGAGCCCACUCCGCGACACUCGGCCAACCACACCCCACAGCGGUCGACCACACCGGCGGCAGCCGAGUCGAAGAAGGAAAAGUGGCGUUCUCUACCGAUCGAGAAACAGAUGAAGAUCUAUGAGAACACACUCUUCCCUCACGUCAAGCAUGUCGUGGACAAGUUCCACGGCAAGUUGCCCAAAGAGGAUCUGAAGAAAUUCGCUCGCGAGGUCAACAAAAAGCUUGUCGCCUCGGACUACAAGAACAAGCGGGUCGAAGACCCAACGUCCAUCAGCAGCAAGCAGGCCAAAAAGGUCCGCAGCUAUGCGCACGAGUUCUUCGCCCGCGCCGUGGUCAAGUACACCGAGCACGGGAAGAAGAAAGCCCCGAGCAAUGGCGGACCGUCGUCCUCUACCCAACCAAGCAGCGCCGCACCCGCGAGCUCGACCGCUACCCCCAUCAAAGACGACCUAAUGAUGUCCGACGCCGACCUCAGCCCAAGCAGCUCCGCCGAUCGAAAGCGCAAGCGGGAUGACCACAACGGCGAGAUCGAAACCGACGACUCACCCGGCGCCCCGCCUUCCGAGACACACUCGGUCAAGCGUUUCAAAGAGGACGACGCCGAGGCCGAUGGACCGAGCAACCCCACAGCAGCAGGCGAGGCCGUCCCCAGCCCCCCCACUCCGCCGCCCCCGCCGAUGGAUACCCCGCCGACGGAAGAGGAGCGGUCGAUGCGCGAACAGGAAGAGGCGCUCAUGCGGGAGAACGAGGAGGCCCAGCGGCUGGAGGAUGAGGCGCACGCUGAGGAGGGAGAUGUUAAGGGUCUCAAGAACGACGCCAUUAACAACAACAACACUAUUAUUACUAAUACGAAGAACAUGCACAUCAACGGCGCGGCUACCGCUGCGAACUCUGGCGCUGCCCUUCCGAACGGAAACGGACCGACUGCCAGGGAGGUGGAUAUGGACGUGGACCAGCCUUCUAAGCCGAGGGAGGACCAAGAGCAGCAACAGCGCCAACGCCAGCGGGCGGUGAUGAGCCAUUGA